UAAAUACCAUUUUGUCUUUUCAUGUUUAUUUAAAUGUAGACUACCAGCAUCUUCCCUGUGGAGAGGGGACUUGUCCUUUUGACCACGUCUGCAGUGAAGUCAAUGGAACUUUCCAAUGUCUGGAUGGCUGUCAGCACUACACAGAACUAAAUGAUGACUGGCUUUCUGAAUACAACGUCAAUGGCAUCUCCUUAUGCAAUGGAAAAUAUUAUUUAUCAGAUUGGUAUCGACUGUUUGUAGGACAGAGCAGUGCUCGAAUUCCUGAAACGUGUGUUCAAGAGAGCAGAUGUAGCUCUUAUCGUACUUGGGCAACAUCACCUCAUCCUGUAUACUAUAAUGAAACUGAUACUGUCUACACAUCCAGUGCAAUGGAUAGUGAUUGCUACCACUAUAAUUACUAUAGCAGUGUGUUGGCAAGACUCUGCUAUGGAGACUACUAUGUGUACAAACUUUCAACACUGCCCGUUUGUGGCUACUCAUAUUGUCCAGUUCCUCCUCAUGGUUUCAGAUCUUCAGGACAAAAUGAGACCAGCAUCACUCUGCUGUGGAAUCCAGUGAACAACAAUGUCAGCUUUGUUCUACAGUUUAAUGGAACAGAAACAAACAUCAGUGCUCCAGCUGGAAGUGAACCAGUAACUUAUACAGUCUCAUCUCUGACUCCUGCAACUAAAUACACAUUCACUCUCUUCUCUGUGAUUGAGAACAUCAGAAGCAGUGAAAUCAGUAUUGAUGCAGUCACUGCCCCUCAAAAUGUAGACAACUUCAAUUUAAUUGGACGAAAUGACACCAGUAUGACUCUGCAGUGGACCAAGACCAAAGGUACUGGUUAUUUCCUUCAGUAUAAUCAACAAUGGAAGACCAUCCCUGCAUCAGACGAAGAAGGACCAGUAACUUUCACCGUCUCAUCACUCAAUCCUGCCACUGAAUACAUGUGCACUCUUUACUCUGUGUUUGAGAACGCCAGAAGCAGCAAAGGAGUACAACUGAGAGUUUUCACUGAUUACUGGCGUUAUUCCUGUGGACAGGGGUCUUGUCCUACUGACCACGUCUGCAUCAAUAUCAAUGGAACGUACCAAUGUCUGGAUGGCUGUAACCACUACACAGCACUAAGCGAUGACUGGCUUUCUGAAUAUAACAUCAAUGGGAUCUCCUUAUGCAAUGGAAACAAUUACCCAUCAAAUUGGUACCGCAUGUUUGUGGGAAAGAGCAGUGCUCAAAUUCCUGAAACGUGUGUUCGAGACAGCAGAUGUAGCUCUUAUCGUAUUUGGGCAACAACACCUCAUCCUGUACACUACAAUGAAAGUGCAACCCUGACUACAUACACUGCAAGAGAUAGUAACUGCUACUACGACACUUACUAUUACUCUAACAGAGUUAUGGCAAGACUUUGCUAUGGAGACUACUAUGUGUACAGACUUCCAAGACUACCUGGAUGUGAAUACUCAUAUUGUGCAGUUCCUCCUCAUGGUUUCAGAUCAUCAGGACAAAAUGAAACCAGCAUCACUCUGCGGUGGGACAAAGUCAAUAACAGUGUCAGCUUUGUUCUCCUGUUUAAUGGAACAGAAACAAACAUCAGUGCUCCAGCUGGAAGUGAACCAGUAACUUACACAGUCUCAUCUCUGAGUCCUGCAACUAAAUACACAUUCACUCUCUUCUCUGUGUUUGAGAACGUCAGAAGCAGUGGAAUCAGCAUUGAUGGAGUCACUGCUCCUCAACGCGUAGAAACUUUCAACGUAGUAGAAAAUACUGACAGAAGCGUCACUUUGCAAUGGAGUAAAGUGAAUUUUGCCAGCUAUGUUCUCCAGUAUAAUCAAGGAUGGAAGAAUGUAUCAGCCUCAGAUGGAGAUGGACUGAUAACCUAUACAGUUCCUUCUCUCAGAGCUAACACUGAAUAUACUUUUAUUCUUUUCUGUGUGUUUGAAAAUGCUAGAAGUAGUGGAGUUCAACUUCAAGCUUUAACUGAUCCGCCAUAUUUUUCAUGUGGACAGACCUUUUGUCCUCCAGACCAGGACUGUGUUUUCAUCAAUGGGACGGCUCAGUGUGGUGAAGCCUGUGAACAUUACACUGAACUGAAUGAUAACUGGCUUUCUGAAUAUAACAUAAAUGGAAAUUCAUACUGUAAUGGAAACUACGACUCCCCUAAAGGCUGGUAUCGUAUGUUUGUGGGACAAACCAGUGCUCAGAUUCCUGAAACUUGUGUACAAGACAGCAGAUGUGGCAGUUAUGAUCAUUUGAAGAUGACACAACCUCAUCCAACUCAAUACAAUCAAACUGUAACACGCUAUUUGUGUUAUACCUAUGGUAGUAACUGCUACUGUUACUCAUCACAGUCUGUUACAGUCAAACUCUGUUUAGGAGACUUCUAUGUCUACAAACUUCAAAGACUCCCAGGAUGCUACACUGCAUAUUGUGCAGUUCCAAAUCACAGCUUCAGAGCAGCUGGUCAAGAUGAAACCAGCAUCACUCUGCGGUGGGACAAAGUCAAUAACAGUGUCAGCUUUGUUCUUCUGUUUAAUGGAACAGAAACAAACAUCAGUGCUCCAGCUGCAGAUGACUCUGUAACUUACACAGUGUCAUCUCUGACUGCUGCAACUAAAUACACAUUCACUCUCUUCUCUGUGUUUGAGAACGUCACAAGCAGUGGAAUCAGCAUUGAUGCAGUAACUGCUCCUCCAAACGUAAAAACUUUCAGUUUACUUGGAACAAGUUUCAACAGUAUCACUCUGCAGUGGAGUAAGGUGACCAAUGCCACAUAUGUACUGCAGUACAAUAAUGAACGAAGGAUCAUUCCUGCAUCAGAUGCAGACGGACCCGUCACAUAUACUGUCUCAUCUCUCAGUGCUGGAACUUCAUACGCAUUCACUCUGUACUCUGUGUUUGAGAACAGCAGAGGGAGUAAUAUGCAGCUUCAGGCUGUUACUGAUCAAUAUCUUUCAUGUGGACAAACCUUUUGUCCUCCAGACCAGGACUGUGUCAUCAUCAAUGGGACGGCUCAGUGUGGUGAAGCCUGUGAACAUUACACUGAACUGAAUGAUAACUGGCUUUCAGAAUAUAACAUAAAUGGAAACUCUUACUGUAAUGGAAACUACUACUCCCCUGAAGGCUGGUAUCGUAUGUUUGUGGGACAAACCAGUGCUCAGAUUCCUGAAACUUGUGUACAAGACAGCAGAUGUAGCAGUUAUCGUUUGCGGAUGACACAACCUCAUCCAACUCAAUACAAUCAAACUGUAACCCGCUCUUUGUGUCAAAGUUAUUAUAGUUCCUGCUGUUCCAACAUAUCAUACAUCUAUAACAAUAUUAAAGUCAAACUCU